AUGCGUCUGCUGAAUUCUAUGGGCAUGCAAGAACCACCAAAUGUCGACUCAAUCGAAUUACCGCCUUCAACGAUCGAGGAAAUGAUUGAGGGCUUGGAAGAGAUGAACGAAAAACUUGAACAUGAACAAGAAGAGAAGACCUUCAUCAUGGCUGUUGAUCCCUCAGACGGUAUCGACCCCGACAUGUUGGUCGCCCGGUUUCCCGUUUCACUCACUACGAUGGUACGAAAAAUCGACAGGGCGUAUUUGCACGUCUAUCUUCACAUCGACGAACCAUUACCUGAACCACAAAUUGUAACUGUAAUGGUCCGGGAACGGUUACUGAACGGAGAUGUAAGUCUACUGCAAACAUUUGAUUUUAGGGAAUAUUGA